AUGUCCUGCAUUUGUCUGGGUCCCAAGCGUUCGGGUAAGACCCACCUGCUGAAGGCUCUCCAGGAACCGGACUCAAUCGACGAGACGAGCUACUCCAUGCCCACCAUAGGAACGGGAAUCUACCGCAUCCACUUUCCCACCAAGUCGCCGAACAGCGACAAACCAAAGCCCCCGCCAGCGGAUGGAUCCACCCAGGCACACCACCACGGCGGGAAGAAGCAUUUGCCCAAGUCCAUCCAGAUCCUGGAGAUCGGCGGCAGCAUGGCUCCACUGUGGCGGCAGUACUUUGAGGAUGUGAAGAAGCUCAUCUAUGUGGUGGACACUUCCAAUCUCUGCCAGAUUUCGGCCGCUGGCGUGCUCUUCUACUCCAUCCUCACGGAGCCCCGACUGCAGAAGGUCAAGAUCCUGCUGGUGCUGGCAAAGAUGGACUAUUCUUAUCGGCAGAUGCGCAAUGAAGCUCUUCUCAUGCUGCAGAUGUCCAAGCUGCAGAAGCAGAUCCGCCAACAGGUGACCAUUGUGGAGGCCAGUGCAGUGACAAAAGUGGGUCUUGAUCCCAUCUACGAGUGGCUUCAGUGGCCAUAGAAGACGACUGUUCAAUAAAAUGUGGAUAUUUUAUAAAAGC